AUGACUUCGACUAGACAGGUAUCAUCUGCCCAAGUGGCGCUCGUCACGGGCGGUGCCUCGGGCAUGGGAUUGUCUGUUGUAAAGCACCUGGUCGAGCAAGGCUGGAACGUAAUGAUAGUCGACUACAACGAAGAGAGCGGGCAGAAAGUAGCACGGGAGCUUGGAGAUAAGGUGUUCUUUACGAAUGCGGAUGUUUCGGAUUACGACCAGCAGGCCAAAGCCUUCGUCGCGACGUGGAAACAAUGGUCGCGGCUCGACUUUGUGUUUGCCAAUGCGGGCAUUAUCGACAGGACCAACUUCUACGAGCCGGCUGAGGAACGCGAAGAUGGCGCGCCCGUGAAGCCGGAUACCUCUGUCCUUGACAUCUGUCUGACUGCUGUAGUCUACUCGGCAUAUCUUGCGCUGCACUACUUCCGCAAGAAUCCCGAUAAAGCUGGCAAGCUGGUUUCGACGGCGAGUAUGGCAGGCCUCUAUCCCUCACACGGUCUUCCUGUAUAUACAUCUGCGAAACAUGGGGUUGUCGGCAUAACUAGAUGCCUAGCUCAGAGGCUCGAAGCGCUUAAGGAACCUAUUACUGUCAACUGUAUAUGCCCAGGCAUAGUUGCUACCAAUAUAUCUAGCAGUCCGAUGACGGACGCCAUAGCCAAGAUCUUGACGCCUCACUCAACCAUUGUGCGCGCUGUAGAUGGAUUCUUGACUGAUUCAAGUAAGAAUGGUUUGGUGGCGGAGUGUUCAAUUGAAAACAUCCACUACCGGGUGCAGCCAGAUUGGAGUGACGAAAAAGCCAAGGAGGUCAUGACUGGUGUCUACUAG